CCCCUCACCAGGCUAGUAACACUUGAUUGUGUUACCUUUUGAUUUCUCCCACAACCAACCAAACAAGCCACCCAUUUCCCAACGUCAACCUUUUUUAUUUCCUCUAGGCGCGGAGGCAAGGAAAAGUGCGGUCGGUCCCCGCUUGCCUUGCCGUCCUUGUGCACCCAAUACCCGAUCCACUACAAACUCGACUGCGGAUUACUCGGGUGCGAGGGCCCCCUGUACGCUUUUCUUUUUUCCGCAGGACGUGCUGGUAGCGUACUGUGCUGUAGCGUAGCAACCUAGGGGGAGCGAGCGAGCGAAGUGAGCGGUUAUAUCUCUUUGCCUCCCUGGUCUUAGCGAACUUUCCGACCCCCGGCGCAUCCUCUCGGGAGCCUCCCUUUUUUGUUCAUCCCGUCUCCCGUCAUACAGACAACCUGCCAUCUGGUUUAGUUCCUUUUGCAAUUUUAUUGUCCGUGCUUGUUGCAUUCCUGCCUGUUUUUGCUUCCCAUUCCCUUCGACUUCAGAGCCGGUGACACUAUCUGUCUACUUCGGCCAUUUGAUUUGAUUCCUCAACAUACCGGGUACAGAUUAUUUACAGGGGUUGGGUUUUUUGUGCACAGAAACAAAUCUGUAAUGAAAUAAACGGCCUGCCAAAUUUUACCAAUUUCAACUCCCACUUGGCCGAAGUCUUAUUUUUUUCUCUCACUCUUUGCGAGAGACGCUACCAACAAAGCAAACCAAAAAGGCAAACCAAAACCACGCUAGCUUACGAUCAGAUACGCCCUACUUUUACGAACCAUUUCAGUAAUGACCCAAAUGACAACCGAGCUUGGAUUCGACCCCGAGAUUUAGAAUUCCUCGCCCGAACGAGUGCCCGUCAAAUCUUUUUAGGUUCCUUUUGCAGGGGUUGCUUCUGCUUUAGGGAUUUCUCGGUAACCCCCGCGUGUGCAUUGUUGCAACGAUAUUGCAACACACCCACCUACCAAGAAGUCAUCCGGGACUUUGUUGGUUGUUCUCCUCAGUCUUUAUUCACUCUCCUGUUGUCAACUUUGAAAACCAAAUUUGGUCUCAACUCCUUUUCUUCCGGACCUGAGCUCAACUCACAUCCCAGGUGAACCUCAAAAAUCAAGGGCAAUUAUUCUCCAGGUUGGAAUGUACCUUUUCUGAGGUUGUUCGCAUGCGUGGCCACAACUGGGACUGCGCCAAGAAUCUCUAGAUCUGAACUGCUAUGACUGCAGAGCGAUUGGAUACAAGUUUUGGCAACCGGCAAGCCUGGUCACCUUCUGCACCUUCCUCCCACGGUACACCCACGGCGGCACUAUUACCGAGCCCUAUAUUCGAAGCUUUGGACGAUCAUCAGAGCAGCGGAGGGUACUGCGCACCUCACCUGGAAGACGUUUCUCCUCUUGACGCAACAUUCGAGCAUAUCGGAGGAGAUUCAUCGCCACGACACCUUGAUUCGGGUGGCUUGGGUGGCCGGGAGUCUUUGGCCCAGAUACCUGGGCAAGGCGCUGUACAUAGCCGCAAGAGAGCUCGUUUGGCAAGCGGCUUUCGGACAUCUUUGUCUGACCCGCCCGCACUGCAACCAUUGUCCGAGCCUUCGAAUAGACUCACAUUGCCACAUCCUAACGGGGACGACACGAUACCUCGACCCGAGGAGCCACCUCUUAAAAGAGCUAGAAAGGUCCGGCGGCGAGACGCCGGACCCGCUGACCAAGGGCAAACUAUAACACCGCCAUCCUCGACCCAUAAAAGGACAUCUCGGCAAAAACCCACCCCCAAGAUCGAUAACGAAAUCGAGACCAUGCAGGAUGCCCAAGGAUUCCAUGAUUUUCCCGGAACGGGUGCCCCGGAUCCAAACGACAUGCCUGUGUUCGUGACCUCGCCCGGCGACAUGUUCGCCUAUCCCUUGUCAGCACCGACGUCGGCGUCCCUCUUCCCCGAUCCAAACAUGUGGAAUAACGGCGGCGGCUUCUCAGGCCUUGGACUGGAUAUCGACUUUGGCGCCGCAGGUUCUGGCAUGUUGCAGGGCCACCACGCCUUGAGCCCAACUCAGCAUCUUUCCAUGGACCCAUCGGGUUGGGACGCGACAGCUCAGAUGUUCCAGGAUUCUAGCGUACAAGCCCAAGAUGUACAGCUUGGACAAAAUCAGCCAGAUAUGCAACAUACCCAUCCACAGCCCCAGCCCCAACCCCAGCAGCAACGGAGCGUGUCGCGUUCGCAGAGCAAGCAACAACGCCCCACGAAACGUGAGCGCCCUAUUGCUCCCAAGACAACCACGUCAAGCGCCGACAUAUCGUUCACUGCAGUGUCGGCUUCUCUCGACCAGGUGUCUCUGGGCUUGGACAGCACAGAACUUUAUCAAGGAUCCUUUGAUGACCCGUACUGUUUAUCACAUACGGGCGAAAGCGUUAAUCCUGGUCUUCUUCUCAGCAGGCCUCCAUCAGUCAACAUGGACGGCCCAUCGCAUAGAGUGCAGCCACAGUCACGCGUUCCUCUGAGCUCGGCUUCCUCGGGUAUGCUCCAGUCUUCUUCUCAUGCCCAAAAUUUCGGCAUAUCCAAAGCGUCCAUGCGCGAGAUGGCGCCCGCUAGACCGGUAAGCAGCAGAGCAAAUACAGUGAUUCCACCCGCAAAAACCAGUGUGGCUCGCCCCGCUGUUUCUCGGAGCUUCAGUGAACAUAGAAGCCAGAAACGGACGGGUAGAGCUUCGGGAACCAACAAGAUGCCUGUUCUUGCGCCAGCCACGCAAAGGCCUCUCCAACCUCCUCCCCAACUUCAACCACAGCAGCCGCCACAGCGUCCUCGCAGUCGACCGUCGUCGACCGGUAGCAUGCGAUCUUCAGGCCGGUCUUCACCAUUCAAAGACCAUCACCAUUCCCGUUUGUCGAGCUUGAACUCCAUCCCCGAGGCAUCUCCCCAGCCGCAGCUCGCGUUCAGGCCGACGCUCGCCAGGAUUACCGUAAACGCGGACGGACAUGCUAGCGUGGAGGAGGUGUUUCCGAGCAGACGGACCCGCUCGGCGCGCUCAGGGCGCUCUUCUCGUUCGGCUGACGACGAGUAUGAAGAAUAUGCGUCCUCAACGGAUGACGAGGAAAUUGUAAUCCCAGCCAAAUGCAGCAGGCCUCGCUCAUUUGCCCUCCCAGACUCCUUGGAAGUCUCCGGCUCCAGGCCUAGGUGGCAGGAGGCUGGUGGCCGAUUAUUGCCUCACGAGAUCUCUCUCCAGAAUGACGAAGAAAGCGAGGCCGAGACCGUGAUAAAUGACGGUGCCGGUGAUGCGGAGAGUGAACUCAGAAGGUUGAGGCAGCGACAGAUGGCGAACCACGGCAGCCCGAAGAAGUUGAAAAUCUCGGCCACCCGAAGUUUCAGCGGACACCAUUCACACCCGGCCUUGUUGUCUCCGGCGACAAUGACAGAGAUGAGCCUGCCGACGCCAUCGUCGCGAAAUCGUGUUCGGUGCGUUUGCGCCGGCAGCCCAGGGGGCGAGCAAACAGUUGACGGACUUAUGGUGCAAUGCCAAUCGUGUGAAAUGUGGCUGCAUGGAAAGUGUAUCAACGUAAGCAAACGUAACAUGCCUUCUGUGUACAUCUGCUCGUUCUGCGCCGAAACUCCGAGGAACCGAAGGAAUGUGGCUCUGGGGGCAUCUUCACCUCUGGCGCACAAGUCUUUUACCAAGUUUCGGUGAGGGAGUACAACACGAUGUGGAGCCAGCUUGAGAUUCUUAGUCGCUGGCAAGACCUCUUUUUCGGUCGGGUCGUUGUGCCCCUCAAAGAGGUUUUCGAGAUAUUGGUGUGACUCCUGUUUGAUGAUGAUUAUUUUAAGCAGCUGUUCUCAUGGAAUUUCAACUCUGUUUUUUUCUUGAUUUGUUUACCGGUUGUUUUGGAGUUGAGGGGGCCACAAUGUGAACAUAGAUACACGGACCAUGGGAUGACAUACAAAUGAUAAACAUGGAGGGUGGCCAAGGGGAUGGCGAUACCCAAACUUAUACGUUGCAUGAGUUGGCUGUGGGAAUCUUGAACUGUCUGGAUGAAUGGGCAGCAAUGCAUAGCAUAGCAUAG